AUUUGUUCAUUUCCCACAUAUUCCCUCCAUUAACUCCGAGGGAAAGUCCUUGCUCCUGCUCUACUGUUAGUAGGCCAGUAAAUAGUGAUUCAGAUUGCAUGUAACAGGCUGCAGUCAACGACUCAGUUUUUCCAAAGACUUCAGGCACCAGAGGAGCGUCGCAGCACUCACACACUGCUCAUUCGCCGGGCUUUCUUUGCAAGCCACUUUGGAGAUGCUCCAGGGGGCAGUGAGCAGGGCUUGGCUCUGCCUGUCCUGCUGCCUCCUGUUAGGGGUCUGCUUUCCUGCAGAGGGUGCAGGGCCAGCAGGACCCCCACCUAGUUUUCCCCCUGAAGAAAUAUCUGGGGAACCAGACCUAGACGACUUUGAGUGGGGCUCUGGAUCCUCUUUUCUGCACCUGCUGAACAGCUUCCCUGCUGACAGCCCAUUCGUAACAGAGACCCCAGAAAAACCAGUCAACUGCACACAGCGCUUCUGGUUACCCCCGUCCUCUGAGAUCUGCUGGGAAAACAUAGCUGGGCCUGAGGAGUUUGCCAAGUCCCGCCUGCUUGUUCUACAGAACAGGGCUGCCCUGCAGGCUGUGUCCACCUCCAGCGGGGUGGAAGAGGGAGGGAUCUCCUAUGACCACCAGGCCAAAGAGGAGGUCCAAGGGAUCCACUCAGACCACCAGGGCGUGGUAGAAACGAUGCAGACCAUGGAGAAGGUGUUUGUCUCACUGGAGGAGAAGAGGAAAGAAGGGAACGAGCAGGACGUAUUCACAAGCAUGAAGAAGCAGCUUGCCAACACAAGGGAUGCCAUAGAUGGCAGAGAGAACACAGCCAACAUCCUGGAAACGCAGUUUUCUACUUUAGAGAAGACUCUGCUGAACAUUCAGUUUCGACUCCACAAACUCAUCCAAUAGUAACAAUGUGUUACAGAUAUGCUGCCUCUUCUUUUUUCCCUUAUUGGAUAUGUAUUUAUGUAUUCAUGUAUUAUACAACCAUUUAAAAAAUGCAUGCAUGCUAUGUAAGAGAUCUGCCUCCCAUGUAACAUGUGUAACCUUGAAUCAGCACAGAUAAAUAAACUUCACUCUAUCAGGGAGUUUCGAUAGACAUGUAGCAGUUAAAUUUAGUUUUAUAUUUCCAGUUUGCAGAGCUGCUCCAUGUGGAGAUUUCACGGUCACAUUUACAAGCACUAGUAAAACCGCACAACACUUGUGAACCCAGGAAUAGAAUAAAUCAUCAUUUAUGCUCAAUAAAUGCUCUAAAAUAA